AUCCCCAUCCUUAACGAGAUUGUGAAAGAAUUUUCUCAAGAGGAUUUCUUUGCUUCUUCGUUAUCCUAUUUUGCAUACCAAAAACAUAGACGCACAUCUUCGCCUUUUGCGUAAACCCGAUUUCUCCAUUCCCUCUGACCCCAACCCACUUGUAAUUACCAUUCCAAACCACUCUCAGACUCUAAUCUCCAUCCAUUCCCUUUGAUUUUUCAAUUAAUAUUUCUCUAUUUUGGUAAAUUCCAUAAAAAGCCCAGGUCUAAUUUAAUUUUCCUUUCAUUUUAGUUUUAUUUUAUUGUAUUUUUUUUACAGCUACAUUGUCAGUCUUCAAAUCAAUUCCUGGCCAUCUCAAAGUUCGUGAACUCGGUCGAUUUUGUUAUCGUAGAAGGGCGGACUUUGAAUUUGAUUUGAAUUGCGCAUUUGCGUUCCCACUUCUUCGGGGAAAUCAGCUAUGCAAAGCCAGCUUGUGUGUAGUGGGUGUAGGAGCAUUCUUGUCUAUCCUAGAGGGGCUGCAAACGUUUGCUGUGCAAUAUGUAAUGCAGUUACCACUGUCCCUCCUCCCGGAAUGGAAAUGGCUCAACUUAUAUGUGGAGGUUGCCGGACACUACUGAUGUACACACGUGGGGCAACUAGCGUGAGAUGCUCUUGCUGUCACACAGUAAAUCUUGCACCAGCAUCAAAUCCUGUUGCUCAUAUCAACUGCGCUCACUGUCGGACAACACUUAUGUACCCAUAUGGAGCUCCAUCAGUUAAAUGUGCUCUGUGUCACUAUGUUACUAAUGUCGGGAUGGCCAAUGUAAGGGUUCCUCUACCAGCAAACAGACCCAACGGGACCACUGCUGGACAAAUGCCCUCUACUUCAACUUCAAUGCCCCAUUCACAAAGCCAAACUGUUGUUGUUGAAAACCCGAUGUCCCUUGAUGAAAGUGGAAAAUUGGUGAGCAAUGUCGUAGUUGGCGUGACAACGGACAAAAAAUGACCAGAUGAAUCUGAGAAUUAUAUCCUUGUUUUGUUUGGUAUCAGUAGAGAUGAGGCUCUGAAUCCUUGUUAUGAUACUUGCCGGAUUGAUGGAUAUGAAAAUUGGUUUGUGUAUAUUAAUAUUGGCGUAGUUAUGUAUAUCUCAUCAUUUUACAGAAGUAAUUGCAACAUGAGAAUGGUCCAAAGGGAUUGAAAAGUGUGUUUUUUACAUUUUGAGGUGAGGGAGUAGGAAAAGGGAACUAUUUUGUCAUUUGUGUGUGAUGAUAUACUGGGAAAUAAUGUUUGGUUGGUAGACUUAUAUGAGUUAGCUUCUUUUCUCAUAUAAUAUAAUUCAUGGGUGUAUUAUAAUUCCUAUA